AUGUACAUCCACGCCUUGCGUUCAGAGAUUCCAUUCCGAAGAAAUCUUAAGCGGAACCCCCAAGGUCUGAAUAGUCGUACGCUUAAGAUGAGUUACAUCUUCUGUACCUCCAGGCAUCGAAGUGCUCCUCCUGUGCGUCGGCUUGGUCUCACCAAACACCGAGAUCUUCGAGACGACCAACUCGUUCCGCUGAGAGUUUGCACGUGCACCUGUCUUCUCUUGCCUGAUUUGUGAGCCAUCGCCCCGAAUUUGAAUGUGGCAUGUCUUCUCGCACAAUCUCAUCCGUAACGAAGCGGAAACUCAGCUCCUUCUGCGACAGGGUGCUCAUGUUUCGACUAUGCGUGUAUUCCUCGUAGUCGACCGUUAUAUCACGAUUCGCGCGCCUUUAAAUUUCGCAUGUAGUAUGCAAGCUGUGCUUGAAUUCGCGUAGCUUCUCUACUUUCGCUCGCGAUGAGUUUAGCGGCGGCGCGUUGUUGCUGGAACACCGCGCGCCUGGAAGCCAGACUAGCCUUAUGGGCUUUAGCAUCUUCGGGUGUCUUCCUCUGAGCAUCCAUAGUUUGUUUCUUCAGCUCCUUUGCCACAUCGUCUCGGAUUUUCUUUGCUCGGACGUCACAUUCGACCAGGUCCUUUUUCAGGCCCCGUUCCAACGAAUGAACCGCCUUACGCGCAUCCCCGCGGGCCUUCUCAUUUGCAAGCUCUUCAUUCUUCAAGUUUUGUUUGCUCAUACGGAGUGCACUUACAGCUUCGGCGAGCUCAGUGCUUCGACUGAAACGCUCCCAUUUCAACGGGUUUAUAGAGCUCGAUGCCGCGGCCUCUUCCCGUUUCAAGUUUUGUAGCCGCGCGA